UAUCACAAGAGGGCACAAUUUAUUGUCGGCAGAGUCGCGGAAGCAUAGAUAAGAUAAAUCUACAGCCGGAAAAGAAACGGCCAGGCGGGCACCUUCAAACUAAUCCUCUGCUAUUUCAUAAAAAGAAAAUGAUCAAGUAACACUUUCCUUCAUGACAAAUAAUUGAUAUAUCAGUUUGUGAUUGCAAGAUCAUGACAUUUUCAGUGGAAGAUUUGCGCAAUAAAGCUGCUUGGAUUCAGAGUAAGAAAGGGCGCAAGUUUGUAUUGACUUCUGAAAAGGUCUAUAGGUUUGAAGAAUUGCUUCAUGAUGUUUGUCUAGUCCUUUUCCCUAAGCCAACUGAUUAUGAUGCUCGGAGAGAUUUGAUCCGCGUUUUUAAUGAAAUCGUCUGGGAAAUUUUCGAAUGUUCUGCUGAUGCUCCUACUGUCGUGGAGUUUGGAUCUUUCACAAUGGACUUAUUUCACGCUAAAAGUGAUCUUGAUUUAUCAGUUAAUUUUGGUGAUAUCGACAUCUCACGUGAGGAGAAGAUUCAUACCCUCCUGAUGCUUGAAAAGAAGUUCUCAUCACUUCAGUGUAGUGGAUAUGUUUAUGGUGUUAAUGCGAUUAUCACAGCUAUCGUGCCUGUUAUGAAGGUUAUUGACAGUGGAACUGGAAUCGAGUGUGAUAUAUCAGUUGCAAACAAAGAUGGGAUUUUGAAAUCUAAGAUUAUCUACUUUAUUUCUCUAAUGGAUGAAAGGUUUCGCAAACUUUGCUUUUUGAUGAAAGCAUGGGCCAAAGCACAUAACAUUAACAGUGCAAAGGACAGAACUUUGAACUCGUUAACUAUAAUACUUCUGGUGGCAUUUCACUUGCAGACUUGUGAUCCUCCAAUACUUCCACCAUUUUCUGCUCUUCUAAGAGAUGGUUAUGAUGCUGGAUCGGUGGAAAAAUCUGUAAGCAAGUUUGUUAGUUAUGGACAGAACAAUAAACAAACGGUGGCGGAGCUGUUUUUCACAUUCUUACUGAAGCUGUCAUCUGUUGAGGGACUUUGGGCCCAAGGUCUGUGUGCCAGCACUUAUGAUGGAUCUUGGAUAUUUAAAACAUGGGAUUGUGGAGUUGGUCGCAUUAGUGUUGAGGACUUCAGUGACCGAACUCAGAAUGUUGCAAGGGCUGUUGGAGUGAAACAAAAGAGAAGAAUAUACAAUUACAUCCACCGUUCUAUUCGCCUUAUUUCUGAUUUUUCGAGUGGCAAGGUGGAUGGAUGGAAAUUAAGAUAUUAUUUGUUCGGCCCAGAUGAGGCCGCAUCGGUAUGUGAAGUUACCAAGACUUGCAAUGCAAAUGUGGCAACACCUAAACCCCCACCUAUUUGUACUACUAGAAUAGAGGACAAAGAUACAAGUGGUCAUAAUGCAACUGAGCAAACAAGUGUGCAUAUGGAUCAGCGAAACCAGCCUAGUACUAGGAAUUGCAUUGCAGAUGUGACAGGAUUUAAACUGUCACCUAGAUGUACUACUACUAGAGUAUAUGACAAAGAUACAAGUGGGCAGAAGUUAUCUCAACUACCAGGUGAGCAUACGGAUCGGCCAACAAAGUCUCGUGCUAAGAAACGUAAAGCAAAAGUGGCAAAACGUAAACCACAACCUGGAUGUAGUACUAGAGUAGAUGAUAAAGAUACAAGUGGUAAGAAAGAAACUCAACAACCAUGUGAGCCUAGGGAUCAGCCAACACAGACUAUUUCUAAGAAUUGCAAUGUGAGUGUGGCAAAUCCUAAAUUGCCACCUGGAUGUGCUACUGGAGUAGUGGGAAAAGGUACAAGUGGUCCACAAGCAUCUCAGCUACCCGGUGAGCAUGAGGAUGGGCAAACACAGCCUAGUUCUAAGAAACAUGUGAAUGCGGCAAAACCUAAACCACCACCUGGAGGCAGUAGUACUAGAAUAGACAACAAAGAUGCAACUGGUCAAAAAGGAACUCAACAACCAGGUCAGCAUCGACCAACACAACCUACUAAGAUUUCCAAUGUGAAUAAGGCGAAACCUAAACUACCACCUGUUCAAAAAGCAAAUCUACUACCAAGUCAGCAUAGGGAUCCGUCAGCACAGCCUAGCCCAUCCAACACCACCUUGGGUAAGAGGAAGAGAGGUGGAUCAUCACCCCCCUCAACUAGAUUUUUACAGGAACCUCUUACGCAUGGUGAGAUGGCAAGUCAAAGGUCUAGGCCUUAUGACAUGGCAAGGUCUCAACCAGUGGAUAACCUCCGUUUUGAUGGACCAGGAAGAGCUCAGAGCAGUUGGGAUAGAGCAGAACCCACUCUUCCUAUCCACCCAAGGGAUAUGAGGCAUACUGGUGAAAUGCGCUAUCAUGAGACUCAUAGAACCCCAUAUAUCCACAUGGCCACAACUAUGGCUACUCAAAUGGUCUACCCGAACUAUCCUUACAACCAACCUUGUUUUAGACCUCCAAAUUUGUCUACUCCAAGUGUUUAUCCUAUGUCUACUUCUACAGUUAGCCAGAUAUCAUCUCGCUAUGCUAGGGAGAGUGAUAAAGCCUCAACUUUGACUACUCAAGCGGUCUCCCCUAAUUAUUCUUACAACCAAUCAUGUUUUAGAGCUCCAAGUUUUGCUACUCCAGGUGGUUAUCCUAUGUCUAUGCCUAUAGUAAACCAGAUGGUUUCAAGCCAUGCUCAUGAGACUUUUAGAGUAGGGAAUUUGCCGCUCAUUUCUAACACGGCGAGGUAUCAUCAUUCUGGUUCGAGUACGCUGUAUAGCACCUACUCUUCGUAUCCCCAACUGAACUCUUCCAACCAUGAAGCUGCUUGGUUUAGAUGAGACCUCUUAAGCGAGAGGUGUUGUUGUAAUUCAUUCCAUCACCAGACAUUCUUAAUCCCAACAGGGCUACAGUCCAUCUAUGGCAAAUGAAGAGCGAGACUUUUUUGUUGUGGUUGUUGGCUUUAGACCUUCAGCUCCUACUUCAACUGUUUGUCCUUUGCUAGUAGUCUAUUUUGUGAUUUGCUUUGCUUUAGUGUGAAUAUGUCAAUCUGCAUAGAUCAUUUGAGACAUUUUACUAUUGAGGUAACUUUCAUUUUGCUAUAAGUUUGUACUUCGUAAUUUCAACUAUAAUAAGAUUUACUUGCAUACAUUAAUAAUCAUCUGUAUAUUAUUCGGCAUGUGUACCGUUAUAAUAAUGUAAGCGAUUAA